GAGCCCUCCCACCUCUGGCUGUCUUGUUUAUGGGUGCAACAGCACAGCCAUUUGAAUGAAAAGGACAAGUGUCAGCACCUGCCUCAUAUUUUCUCCUCGACCAGUAAUCAACAUAAAGAAAAUGUCUGAUGCUCUUUGUAUCGGAAGUUCAUUAUUUGGAUCUGCAGGAGAACAACAAGAUUGUGGUUCAUGCUACCUAAUAAACAUGGGCUCUGUAAUGGCCAUUAUUGCAUCUGAUAUUAUCUUGACCAUCUUCAUCACUAUUUCUGUCUUCUGCUUUGCAAGACAUCACAAAAGAAGGAGGGAAUGGGAUUCUCAUGAUGCUAGAAGAAACCAGCCGUCAUCAAUAUCAAAGAAAAUGGCAACAGAGGUCACAGAGUCUCCCUACCAGGAGUUACAUGGAGCCCAGUCAGAUGUGUACAGUGAGCUUCGACAUUUUAGGAAGUGAAACAGAGGAACUGUAAAAUCCCAGCAAUACCUGGUCUGUAAUUAGUUUCACAAGCUAUAACCAGAAAGUAGCACACACACACAUCUUGUUUUGUUACUUAUGUUUCUGCAGCAUUAUAAUAUGUGUAUUCAGCAUGUAAUUGAUUUAUAUCCCAUCCACUUAUAACUGUGUUGUGCUGAAUGUGAUGUUUGCUGCAUCACGCCCUCUAGUUUAUUUUGUAAAUCUUAAGCUGUCUUAAAAUGUGUAUUUAAUUCUAAAUUAAACUACUUUUUAA